AUGGAUCAUGCGAACAGUGUUCUCAGCCUUGGGCUGCCGGACUCUACGGAUGGGUGGAUAGAUAUAUGGCACAAUCAUCGUGGGCCAAUUAUCCUCGCGACCACCACGGUGCUCCUCGCAUUUCGAUACUACGUACACCGGAACGAAGAAAGAGAGGGGCUACUGGUGCUUAACAAAAAAUUCGACGAGAAAGAGAAGCCAGUGAUUGAGGACGAUACCCCAAACCCCAUUGUGGACGAGAAGCAGAAUAUCAAAACCGCUGCCGGCCCACGUCGUAUCAAGGGAGGCUUGGCCAAGAGCCCUUCGUCGCAGAACCAAGAAAAACGCCGUGGGAAUGGACCAGUGAAAAUCUAUGUCUUUUUCUCAUCGAUCACUACGAAGACCCAGAAGGUUGCAGAGGGCUACGUCGAAAAGUUGGCUGCUAGGAUUGAUCAGUUUAGCGAGGAAUCUGGUCGCCAGUUCCUGCGCCCCGAACUUAAGGAUCUGACCGAAAUUGAUUUCGAGGACUACUUUGUGACGGUUCCAAAGGUUGAUGAGGAUGCCGACGUUUUCUACCUUUUCCUGAUUCCCAGCUACAAUAUUGACACAAUCAACGACACCUUCUUACAGCACCUUGAGGAGACGCAUCAUGAUUUCCGAAUUGACACUGCAUCCCUCUCUUCACUGAUGGGAUACUCGGUUUUUGGAUUCGGUGACACCGAGGGAUGGCCCAACGAAGCCGAGGGUUUCUGUUUCCAGGCAAAAGAAAUUGACAAAUGGAUGGCCAAGCUCACAGCACGGAAGAGAGCUUACCCGGUCGGGAUGGGUGAUCUGAAGGGCGACCAUGCUGCGAGAUUCGCCGAGUGGGCUGCUGGAGUUCAAGACGUCAUCACCUCUGCUGCGCGCACUGGUAGUUUGGGUGAGGGCGUACCCGGAAGCGGAGAGCCUGUAGAGAGCGAUCCGGAAGAUGUGGAAGACGAGGAGUACGAUGAUGGAGAAGUGAUUCUCGGUGAUGAAACCAAUAACACAAAAUCUAAUGGAUCAAGGGACCUGGACGACAUGGAAGACCUCGGGAAGAUGAUUCAACCUUCGGACAGCGCCAAGGCAUCGAAGAAAACUAAAGCCCCUCUUGCAGUUGACUUCACAACAUAUAGCGGUUCGUCGAAGAAGAAGGGACCGACGGCGGCGCCGAAGGAAAUGGUGGCCAAGAACUCACCAACAUAUGCCGCUCUUACCAAGCAAGGAUAUGCAAUUGUAGGCUCACACUCUGGCGUCAAGAUCUGCCGAUGGACAAAGUCAGCCCUGCGAGGACGUGGAAGCUGUUACAAGUAUUCGCUGUAUGGAAUCAACUCCCACCAAUGCAUGGAGACUACGCCCUCACUUUCAUGCUCUAACAAGUGUGUCUUCUGCUGGAGACAUGGCACAAACCCUGUUGGCACAACCUGGAGAUGGGUCGUGGACCCCCCGGACUUGAUUUUCGAGGGUGUAAAAAAGAAUCACUAUCACAAGAUCAAGAUGAUGCGAGGAAUGCCUGGUGUUCGAGCAGAGCGCUACAGCGAAGCACUUCGAAUCCGCCACUGUGCGCUGUCCUUGGUGGGCGAACCUAUCUUCUACCCUUAUAUCAAUGAGUUCCUUGCUAUGCUCCAUGGCGAGAGAAUUUCGUCGUUUUUGGUCUGUAAUGCUCAGCACCCAGAUCAACUCGCAGACUUGAAGGCCGUCACCCAGCUUUACGUAUCGAUUGAUGCGUCAAACAAGGAGUCUUUGCGGAAGAUCGACAGACCCCUCCACAGAGACUACUGGGAGAGAUUCCAAAGAUGUCUUGACAUUCUGAGGGAGAAACGGUUCCGCCACCGCACCGUAUACCGUCUCACCCUAGUGAAGGGAUUCAAUGUGGAGGAUGAAGCAGAAGGCUAUGCUCAGCUCAUCGAGCGUGGCCUCCCCUGCUUCGUCGAAGUCAAGGGAGUUACUUAUUGCGGUACCUCUACGUCAUCAAAUGCAGGUCUCACCAUGUCCAACGUCCCGUACUACUGGGAAGUUUGUGACUUCGUCAGGGCUCUCGAGAAGAAACUCAAAGAGAAGGGCCUGAACUACGGCAUUGCGGCCGAGCACGCCCACAGCUGCUGCAUUCUUCUAGCGAGCGACCGAUUCUACGUCGAUGGGAAAUGGCACACCCAUAUUGACUAUGACAAGUUCUUCGAGCUGUUGGAGGAGAGAGGCGCAGAUGGUGACUGGACCCCUGAAGACUACAUGGGGCCGCCAACACCGGAGUGGGCACUCUGGGGCAACGGAGGUUUUGACCCUCGGGACGACAGGGUGGACAGGAAGGGCAGAAAGAUCGAACCUGUCGUUGUUCGUGACCGUCCAGCAGAUGCCGAAAGUUGGUAG